AUAACCCUGAAAUGGCAACAUGGAAGAGGGAAUUCAUCAUUGGAUGCACAUGAUGACGACUGAUUUAAACAGUUUUUGUCUCGUAGUAUUUUUUUAUUUCUAGAAUAAUUUUUCAAAUUACAUGAUACACUUUUUUUUAUAAUAAUAAAUGAUAACGAAAACAGGGCAAUUUAAUUGAUUAGGUAGGUAUUCAACUAGGUAACAAAGGUAUACUUAUCUAAUGUGAUUUUGAACGAAUUUUUACGUGAAGGAAGUUACUUAAAAUCGUUGAAAAUCAUUUAUAUCUCACUAGUUAAGCUUAGAUUAUGUAUUUUUCGUUAUUAAGGAAAAGAAUCGCUAGUUUGUCCACUGAGGGAUGAGUGAGCCAGAGAUAAUGUAGCAGAUAUUCUCUCCCUAAUAAACGAAAAAUCAAAUUAUUGUCGCAAUGUAAUUAAUAAGGAGGAAAUGCAUGUUUCUAUCAUGACUACAGACUUAUACACUAUCAAUGAAUAGGAUAAUGAACUGCCAAAUGGUUCCGAUCCGAUAGUACGUUAUCUAGAGAGUAAAAAAAGUACCUAUCUUGGCUCGGAUUGUGCAUAUUUUUUGUUUGAAACAAUUAACAUUAACGCAGUUUGAUAGACGAGUACCAUAUAUUGUGUAGGAUUUACAUACUUACGAGUACAAUAAGUGAAUAUUUAUCUAUUUUAAAAUUAAAAUCAUAAUUUUGAACUGGUUUUGUAAUUUUACAGAAACCUGACCCCUUAUUCAAAUGUUUUAGUUUUUUUUUAAACUUGAAAUUAGUUUUUAACAAAAACUUGUUAAUCAGACACAAUCACAAAAUGAAUAAGGUAGUGAGCCUAUUUCUUACUUGGAUGGUUAUUGAGGUUGUUUGUGGUGAUGAGCAACAGCUGCAAGUGUUCCCUAGAAAUUUUCGAUGCAAUAAUGGCAAAUAUAUUGACAAUAGAUGGUUCUGCGAUGACGACAUGAAAGAUUGUGGCGAUUUGAGUGAUGAAGGUUUUGGAUGCAACAAGGAAUACUGUGGUAGCGCAAAAUUCAAAUGUUUCUCCAGUGGUCCAUGUAUAGACAUAACUGGUCGUUGUAAUACAAUUACAGACUGCCCAGACGGUUCUGAUGAAGUGAAUUGUGGAGAUGAAACACAAAUUGACAAUUGUACUUUGCACAAUGGAAAGUUCCUUUGCCGAGACAAAUUAAAAUGCCUCGAUUUGAAUUACACAUGUGACGAAGUAUGUAACUGUUUGGAUUGCUCGGAUGAAUCUGAUCAUUGCUCAAAAUUCGAUAGUCAAACGUGUCGCAAAUGUCGUCAUUUUUGUUUACCUACACCAAAUGGUCCUCAAUGUGUAUGUGAUUCUAAAGAAUAUGAGAUGAGUAAAUUAUGUAGAGAAAUCGAAAAUUGUACCGGCAGCUCAUCCUGUAGCCAACAGUGCAGUCGUUAUAAGAACUCGACGUUAUGUUCAUGUUUCGAAAAUUAUCACGAAGUACAAGACAUCGAUGGGGUUAAAUGUCGAAGCGAUGUAUGGUUAAAUAUUGUGUUACUUUAUUCGACGACAAGCAAAAUAAAAAAAUUGGUUAUCAAUGGCUAUAAAGCUCCAACCGUACACUCUUAUGAAAUUGUUCAAAAUGAAACCAGUUUUACAACUUUGACUGCUGCAAAAGAUACUUUAUAUUAUGCAACGUAUCAUGAUAAUAAAGGAAACAUAAUGGAGACUUCAAUGCACAGUAGACUUACCUACGAUGUUAUUCAAUUAGAUUCUCCCAUUACAUCUCUCGCUGCUGAUUGGAUAACAGAUAAUUUGUACUUCACCAGUAAUAAAUCUUUAUUUGUUUGCUCAAAAAAGCGGCGUCGUCGAAUUUAUGCUCAAUUGAAAUGCUGCACGGUUGAUUAUGUUGCUGUAGCUCCAAAAUUUGGGUGGAUGUUUUACACUCAUAAUGAAAUCGGAGAUAAUGAACAAUUGAUUAUGAAGUCGAAUAUGGAUGGAUCAAAUGAAAGUAUUCUGCUCGAUAUGAGUUUCCAUUAUCCAAUCACUUUGACUGCUGAUGAAUGGGCUGAAAGGGUGUAUUGGUUCGAAAUACAAACACAAUUGCUACAUUCAGUCGGAUUUGAUGGGAAUAAUAAACAAAAAUGGAAUCGAUACAUACUAUCAGAAUGGAAUUUUUCACCUCAUUUUUCAAUUCUGGAACGUCAAUCGUUCUUCGUUAGGAAUCACAGCAACGAGAUAUUCAGCUCAGAAAACUCGAGCUUUAUUAAUUUCACUCAUUUUUACACCGAUGGAGAUGCGAAUAACUUGAAAUAUUUGUAUGCUUAUAAUGACGUCAUGCAUUAUAAUCACAGAAGACCAGAUCUCUGCACGUACGACUCCUGCAAAGGUUUAUGCCUACUUCGUUCAACACCUUCUACAAAAGAUGGAUUGAACUACACUUGCAUGUGUGAAAAUUCAAUCCCCACGACUACUGGUAACCGUUGGUGUAAUCAUCAACCCACUGGAUCGGUCCCGGAAUCUAAGCUAAUUACGACAACUUCAGCCCAAAUUGAGUCGUCGACCAGUUCAUCUUCACAAAUUGAGUCGUCGUCGACCAGUUCAUCUUCAAUUUCUUCUACCUCACAAUCAGUAAAAGACACCUUCACUUUAUCAGAGGCUUCUACCAUUUCUGCAUUUCGUUCACCAACAGUCGAGCCUUCUUUUAGUGAACAUUAUACCUCGAUGAGUGUUUUUAGUAUUAUGUCUUGUUUGGCUUUUGCUUUCAGUAUUCUUGCUGUUUAUUUAAUUAUUCGACGAAAUACUUAUAGGAGUAAACGUGACCGGGAAGUAAAUAUUUGCGAGCAAAUGGAACUUUAAAGAUGUUGUUGAAAAUUAAAUGUUAUAUUUUGGUAGGUAGCUAUGUCGAGUGGGAUUGCAGUGAAAAUUUAUUUUUAAUUCGAGAAUUAUUUAUUUUUAUUCAAUCUGGGGAGGAUUUCAGGCUAUGAAAAGUUCCUCGUUUGAAUUUUUGGUGUCAUAAAAAUACGAAACGUCCUGCGAUAGUCUUGCAAAAAAAAAAAUAAGUGUCUACCAACCAGCAGAAUUUCAGUUUUGUUUUUUUUUCUAAAUAUGUAGGUAACGAAAUUUAAAAAAAUAAAAAAGUAUAAUAUUCUAGCAGUAUAGGUACACCUAAGCAGAAAAUGAAGUGAUGAAAAAUCAUUCUAGAUAUUUCAUAAGCUUUAAAGGAUGUUUUAAGCAAUUGUUGCAAAAUUUAUUGCCUCAAUUUCAUUAAAAUUCCAUCAAUUUUUGGCUAUUCAAAGGUGCUUAUCUUGUAAUAAUAUUAAGGUAAGAUCUUUCUGGUAAGUGCCUACCUACUUCAUGUGAUUUUUGCUACAUUUCAUUUCACUUUAUUGAUGAUAUUCGAUCAAUGAUCAAUUUUUUUGUUGAAAUUCCGAAAUGUUCUAUCAAUUUCUUGUAGUUUAUAAUUACCUAUUGUUGUUGUUUUUUAAAACUUUAUUUAUACCUAGUCAUUUUUAUGUCAUUUUAAUACAUUUAAACGUUGUAAGGAUCUGCUUACCCAAGUUUUCUUCAAUUUUACUAAAGUAACACUUCCUAGUAAUAAUUUUCAAUACUCGUAAUUUUAUUUCUAUUCGUUUUUUCCACAUCUUUUAAAUUUUCCAAACUUUAUUUUUCAAUAAGUAUAUUCAAACAUUGCGCGAUUCAAAUAUUUUUUCAGAAUCGAUGAUUCGUAAUUCGCAUUUAAGCUAAAUUACUUUUUUGAGCAGUGCAUGAUCACAUUUUUCGCCAUUUUUCCCAACUCUGUUUCAAGAUGAAAACAUAAACUAUAUGCUUACCCUGA